AUGAUAGUGAAGGAUGAUUUCACGAGACGUACAUGGAUGUAUUUCCUGAAAAGUAAACCAGACGCUGCGAGUGCUUUCCGGAGUUUCCUUGCAAGUGUGCGUGCUGAUGGUAUCCCGUCAUUGGUUGAGAUUGUUAGAUCUGACAAUGGGGGGGAGUUUUUCGGAGGAGAAUUUGCGUCCGUGUGCAACGAGCUCUUGAUUAAGCAAGAGUUCACCCCGGCUUACAGUCCCCAAUACAACGGUGUUGCAGAGCGUGGAUUGGGAUUGAUUGAGGCGGCGGCAAUGGCUGCUCGUAUUCAGGCAAAAGUUUUGUUUGGGCAUGUGCAAUUACCUAAGACUGACAGACUAUGGGCUGAGGCGAUGCAUUGGGCUUGCGAAGCAAUUAACCACACAGCUUGUUCCGCUAACCCUGACAGUAAGUCGCCAUAUGAGAUGUGGCAUGGUGAAGCUAGUCAUGCUAGACCGUAUCCGUUUUUGAAACCGGCGUACUGUAGGUGGCAGCGUCCGUCUAAACUGCUACCGAAGGGUGAGGCUUGCUUUUAUGUCGGUCCUUCGAGAGACCACCCGCGUGACUGUCAUAGAGUACUUACGAGGGUUGGAACUAUUCAGGAAACGAGGAAUGUGACGUGGGAAGCGUUGCCGUCACAACUCCCUCCACCGCAAUCGUCUCUCUUGCCGAUUGAGGUCGCAGAGGAGGGAGGGGAGGAACGUGACGACGAUGUAGACGCUGAGGAAGGACAGGGAGGGCCGGAGACAGGGGAGGCAGAAUCGGCGGGUCCGGGAGGGCAGGAGGUAGAGUCAGAGAGUCAGGAAGAGAAGAGUUGGUUGAGCCGGGAGGGCAGGAGGUAGAAUCAGAGACACUUCCCCCUGCUACGCACGUUCCAUCCAAUCGUCGUGCGCGGCAUGAGCUUGCUAGUUACAACACUGCUGUGAAUGAGAAUGUUGAAGUCAGAGAAGGCAGAACCCGUGCGCAAACUCGGGCAGUAAAUCAGCAGAGCGUACCCGGCCUCAUGGCCACUCUAGGACCCAUCUCCGCAUCAGAAAUAAUAGAGGCACUCUUGGUGGAACAGAGAGCGUCUGAUGCAAUGGAAUUGCCGAAAGUGCUCAUUCAGGACGUAGGNACCGGGUAGCUAUCAAGAAGCCCGCCGAUCAAAGUACUCCACGAUUUGGGACAAGGCCAUGUCUGCAGAAUUUGAAGGCUUGUUGAGAGCAGGAACGUUCGCGUUAG